CGCGUACAUACUACUAACUAACCAAUUCAUGUUUAUUCUGUCACGUAUAUUACUGAUUUUAAAUGAUGCUGACUUGAUAUUUUGGUACGUGAUUCAAUUCUGUAGUUAGUAAAAAUGUGUCGAACGCGGCUAUAGCAUGUCUCAAUACGUGUUGAUUGUGGCUUUAUUGGUAAGGUUGGCGACGUGCGCACCUUCACCACUUCAAAUGAAAAUUGAAUGUGGCUCUGAUGAGAAUCGUUCUCCAGCAAAAUCUAAGUCAGGCGAGUUAUCAGGUAACACAGACCUUGACAUGGAUUCCUUCUGCAACUUAAUUCAGAAAGCAAUACCUAAGGCAAUAGAAGACGGCAAAUUUAUCAUAGAACCAAAUACGGAUGAUCUCACUGUCGACAGUAAUAAUAUAAUCAGUUCAGCAGUAAGCCCACCAAGUGGCUUCAUUCCCAGAUUUUCAAAACCGAAAGUAUCAAAGCUUAAAAUUCCGAGACUAAAUUCUCCAAGGUUGAAACCACUGGAAAUAGGGAAGGCCCCGAAAGUAGGAGCCCCAAUGAAACUCUCAAUGCUAAGAAAAGUUUUGGAUGAAGAAACUAGUGCAGAAAGAAUGGAACGAUUCAAAAAUGGUGUUCAGAAAAUGUUGCAUGUUGUUAAAGUGUUAGGACAAAUUGACCAGUAUUUAUCGGAGCGGACUAGGAUUGUUAUUGAUAAACUAUCUAAAACAUUUAUGGAAUGAUUCUGUGAUUUAGUUAUGUAAAUAAUAAAAUAGUGUUAUAUUCUA